GACAAAGACUAAAAUGGGUCAGCUGGUCGGUACCAGCCAGCUUGGAAGGUUGCUUCUUCAUCCAGACGCCAGCUGCCGGUUUGGCGUCCUCCCUGUCCGUUUGCGGGUUAACGCGCUGGUUCCGACGGGCAGACGCUUUCUGUCGUGGGCUCGGGAUGGAGGCGGCUGCUGGGCUCCUGAGGACGGAACCGCUGUGAGGACGACACUGCCGCGCCAGAACCCCAUCAGUUCCUCCUUGAAAGACUUUCCAGAACAUUCGUGGACCUUCUCCCGCCAUGACUCGGGCACUCCUAAGUAUGCUGGGCCUGGUUGCGUUUGCGGUUGUGGUGGGGGCGGAGCCAGACACGUGUUUCUCCAGACAGCACCAGGGCGCCAUGGUCAACAUCCGACUGGCCUUAAACAGAACGGGCGGCGCCAUGGAGGCCCGCGUGGUCCGCUCUGAGCAGGACUGCGUCCUGGCUUGCUGCUCUCUGCAGGUGAAGCCAGGUUCCAGGUGCAACAUGGCGAUCUUCAAUGCCAACAAGAGCGGCGGCGAAGACAACUGCUUCCUGUUGCACUGCCCCCGCGAGCAGGACUGUCCACUGCGGGCUCAGCUGGGCGUGCGCACCUACGAUAUCUACAAAGGCGUGCUUCAUGCGGCCACCGUCAGGCCUGUUGCCGUGACAACGACCACUGCACCGCCACCCACUGCAACCGCCAUGCCCACCACCGCCGCUCCCACCACAAUGCCGUCCGUCACGUCCACGCUCACAAAGAGACUGAACAAGACGAGCAAGAAGCAAAAUAAAACAAGCAGGAAGGGGAAAGGUCACGUGACCGUGCACGACACAACCACGGCCGCGGUGAUGGUGAGCCAGGAGGCGCUCACGAUGACCUUGACUCCUCCCACCACUUCUUCUUCUACUACAACUCUUCCUACCACUGGUUCUGCUACCAGUGUGGCUCCUCCUACUACUGCUACUACUACUACUUUGGCUCCUCCCACUUCAACUUCCACCACCUCCAUGGCUCCUCCCACCACUACCAUUUUAACCGUGGCUCCUCCCACCACCACCACUUCGACUGUGGCUCCUCUCACCACCUCCACUUCGACCGUGGCUCCUCCCACCACCUCCACUUUGACCGUGGCUCCUCCCACCACCACCACUUUGACCGUGGCUCCUCCCACCACCACCACUUUGACCGUGGCUCCUCCCAUCACAACGGCCUUGAUGACAGUGGCCCCUCCCACCACUCCUCUGCACACAACUUUGGCCCCGCCCACAUCAACAAGCACAGUGUCUGCGAGUCUGGACGCGGUCAUCGUGCCUCACGGUGAUGUCCAGACUGACACCGCCCUCCAGAACAGGGGCAUCAGUCGGGGCAAAGCGGCAGCGACGGCAGGGGGGGGGCUGAGAAGCGGCAUGGUGGCGUUCAUGGUCCUCGGCAUCGCCGCACUGAUGGUAGCCUUGGCGGUCGGCGGCCGCAAGGCGAUGGAGUCGUUCGAUAGACGCCAUUACACCAGGCUGGAGCUCAACGACCUGCACUACGACGUGUGACACCCGCCCCCAAACCCCCUCAAAGGGGCGUGGCCAGAGGAAGACAGACGCGUGACAUCAUGCCAAUCAAAGAUGAGGUGUCACUGGUGACUACAGAGGGACUGUAGAGACUAAAGGAGGAAAGAGCAAUAUUUUGGUCCUCAGGAAGCUUCUUAAAGAAUCAACUUGCAUGUCUUCUUUUUACACUUACACCACGCAAUUCUUUACUCGCGGGUGUAUUUUCAAAUGAGUCUUUUCCUAGUCGAAACACACUGGCGUGCACCGAUACGACGUGCACUGUUUUGCGUGCACUAUUUUGCUACCUGUUUGUAUGAAGCUGCUUUAGCGCCGUCCAGCCGCCAGGUGGCAGCAGCAGGCUGCAUCACUUCUCGUGUUAUUUUUGUGAUUUCUGUGGGUUUUUUUCUUGUUUGUUUUUCACUGCGUUUUGGUUUUGUUCUCUUCGUCAAGCGAUGCUUAGGGUACAUUUGGAAAUUGAUGCUUUUUUUCUUGUAACCAUUAAA